AUGGUGCAAAAGGAACCUAAAAUAAAAGAAAAAAACGAAGAUAAUUUUUCUUUUAGGAGUCAAAGUAACGGUGAAAAUGAAAAGUCUAAAAGUCAAAUUAACGCAGAAUAUUUUCAAGCCUUAGAACAAUGGUUAAAUGACGUUCGAUCUUAUAGAUAUUCAUGUAAUAUGUUUGCUGGAUUUUCUUAUGCUAUGUUUGCGCAACAGAUGAAUGGUUUCACACCUCCAAACCUUGGCAAUUUUAUAUCUAAUAAUUCAUUACUUGAUCAGGGAGGUUCUCCAUUUCCUCAUUUACGACCUACUCAGCAACAAUAUCAUCAACAGCAAAGUUUCCGUAAUCAACAACAACCGCAGCAACAGCAACAACAACCUCAAAACAUCCCUGAUGAGGGUGUGGAAUAUGUGAUACCUCCUUUUUGGAAAAGAUUUAUUGCUGAAGCAGUAGAUUUUGUUCUUUUAUUUAUUUUAAAAAUGGCCAUCACAUUUGUAGCUGUUGAUUUUUUCGAUAUUAUUAAUAUUGAUGAAUACAACUUUCAACAGCAACAGGAAAAAAUGGAUUACAAAGUUGUUUUAGAAAUCACUUCUAAAAUUUUAUCAUUUGAAUUACUAUAUAAAUUUAUAGUUUGUUUGUAUGAAGCAAUUUUCUUGAGCAAAGGAAUGCAAAAUCAAUAUGGAGGUGCUACAUUAGGAAAAAGAUUUAUGGGAUUAAGAGUUGUUUUGUGUAGUCUCGUAGAACAAGUUGAAAAUCGACCAAAUGUUGUAAGAGUGUAUCCGGCUACUGAUUUAGGUUUUGCAUGGUCCAUGGCUAGGGCUUUGUUAAAAAAUGUUGUCCUUUCUUUACUUCUUCCUAACAACUUAUGA